AUGGUUGUGACUUCCACUAACUACCAGCUUGGACCCAAGGCCCCAGACGUGAAAGCCCAGUGCCUGUUCCCCCGAUGCCAGCCACUGCCCUUCCUCCGGGGGAAAAGCCCCAGGUCUCCUUCCCCCAACAUACUGUACUCAGGCAUCCCAGAACUAACUCAGCUCCGACUGGUGAACGGCCCGAGUCGCUGCGCUGGGAGAGUCGAGGUGCUUCACAACCAGCAGUGGGGAACCGUGUGUGAUGACAGCUGGGAUUUAACUGAGGCCAGAGUUGUGUGCAGGCAGCUGGGCUGUGGGACGGCGUUAUCAGCCCCACGUGGGUCUCGUUUUGGACAGGGAACUGACCGUAUCUGGCUGGAUGAGGUUAACUGCACAGGGACAGAAGCCGCCCUCUCUGAAUGCAGGGCUAGGCCUUGGGGAGAGAAUAACUGUAACCACAUGGAAGAUGCUGGUGUUGAGUGCUCAGACUCGGUCAUUCCAGACCCAGGUCCUCUCCAACUGGUGAACGGCCUCAAUCGCUGUGCUGGGACAGUUGAGGUGCUUCAUAACCAUCAGUGGGGAACAGUGUGUGAUGACAGCUGGGACUUAACUGAUGCUGGAGUCGUGUGCAGGCAGCUGGGCUGUGGCACAGCGUUAUCAGCCCCAGGCUGGGCUCGAUUUGGACAAGGAUCUGGCCCAAUUUGGCUGGAUGAGGUUACCUGCACUGGGACUGAAGCUGCCCUCUCCGAAUGCAGGGCUAAGCCUUGGGGAGACCAUGACUGUAACCACGGAGAAGAUGCCGGUGUUGUGUGCUCAGAUUCUGGCAUUUCAGAAGUGGCUCAGCUCCGACUGGUGAACGGCCCGAAUCACUGCGCUGGGAGAGUCGAGAUGCUUUACAACCAGAAGUGGGGAACCGUGUGUGAUGACCGCUGGGACUUACAGGAUGCUGGAGUCGUGUGCAGGCAGCUGGGCUGUGGGACAGCGUUAUCAGCCCCACGAGAGGCUCGAUUUGGGCGAGGAUCAGAUCGUAUCUGGCUGGCUGACGUUCACUGCUCAGGGACAGAAGUUGCCCUCUCCGAAUGCAGGGCUCGGCUUUGGGGAGACAGUUACUGUAACCAUGGACAAGAUGCCGGUGUUGUGUGCUCAGCUUCCAAAAUCUCAGAAGUGGCUCCGCUCCGACUGGUGAACGGUUCGAGUCGCUGCACUGGGAGAGUUGAAGUAUUUCAUAACAGGAAGUGGGGAACCGUGUGUGAUAACAGCUGGGACUUACAGGAUGCUGGAGUCGUGUGCAGGCAGCUGGGCUGCGGGAUGGUGCUAUCAGCCCCCACCAGGGCUCACUUUGGGCAAGGAUCUGAACCUAUCUGGCUGGCUGACGUCAACUGCACAGGGACAGAAGUUACCCUCACCCAAUGCAGGGCUCGGCCUGUGGGAGAGAAUAACUGUACCCAUGGAGAAGAUGCUGGAGUUGAGUGCUCAGACUUAGGAAUUUCAGAAGUGGAUCAGCUCCGACUGGUGAAUGGCCCAAGUCGCUGUGCUGGGAGAGUCGAGGUGCUUCACAACCAGCAGUGGGGAACCGUGUGUCAUGACGGCUGGGACAUAACUGAGGCUGGAGUCGUGUGCAGGCAGCUGGGCUGUGGGACGGCGUUAUCGGCCCCUAGGAAAGCUCGAUUUGGGCAAGGAUCUGACCGUAUAUGGCUGGAUGACGUCAUCUGCAAAGGGACAGAAGCUGCCCUCUUCGAUUGCAGGGCUCAGCCUUGGGGAGACAAUAACUGUAACCAUGGAGAAGAUGCCGGUGUUGUGUGUUCAGACUCCAGCAUCUCAGAAGUGACUCAGCUGCGACUGGUGAACGGUUUGAGUCGCUGUGUUGGGAGAGUCGAGGUGUUUCACAACCAGCAGUGGGGAACCGUGUGUGAUGACAGCUGGGACUUACAGGAUGCCGGAGUCGUGUGCAGGCAGCUGGGCUGUGGGACAGCGUUAUCAGCCCCAGUUGGGGCUCAUUUUGGGCAAGGAUCUGACCAUAUUUGGCUGAAUAAUGUCAACUGCACAGGGACAGAAGUUGCCCUCUCCGAUUGCAGGGCUCGGCCUUGGGGAGCCAAUAACUGUACCCACGGAGAAGAUGCUGGUGUUGACUGCUCAGAUUCUGGCAUUUCAGAAGUGGGUCAGCUCCGACUGGUUAAAGGCCCGAGUCGCUGCGCUGGUAGGGUCGAGGUGCUUCACAACCAGCAGUGGGGAACCGUGUGUGAUGAGAGCUGGGACAUAACUAAUGCUGGAGUCGUGUGCAGGCAGCUGGGCUGUGGGAUGGCGUUAUCAGCCCCAGGAGGGGCUAGAUUUGGGCGAGGAUCAGACCGUAUCUGGCUGGAUGACGUUCACUGCAUAGGGACAGAAGCUGCCCUCUCCGAUUGCAGGGCUCGUCCUUGGGGAGACAAUAACUGCACCCACGGAGAAGAUGCCGGAGUUGUGUGCUCAGACGCUGGCAUCUCAGAAGUGGCUCAGCUCCGACUGGUAAAUGGUUCGAGUCGCUGCAAUGGGAGAGUCGAGGUGUUUCAUAACAAGAAGUGGGGAACCGUGUGUGAUAACAGCUGGGACUUACAGGAUGCUGGAGUCAUAUGCAGGCAGCUGGGCUGUGGGAUGGCGUUAUCAGCCCCACGAGGGGCUCGAUUUGGGCGAGGAUCUGACCAUAUAUGGCUGGAUAAUGUCAACUGCACAGGGACAGAAGUUGCCCUCUCUGAUUGCAGGGCUCGGCCUUGGGGAGACAAUAACUGUACCCACGGAGAAGAUGCCGGUGUCGACUGCUCAGGCUCCUCGAAAGUGGCUCCACUCCGACUGGUGAAUGGCCCGAGUCGCUGCGCUGGGAGAGUUGAGGUGCUUCUCAACCAGCAGUGGGGAACCGUGUGUCAUGACGGCUGGAACAUUAUUCAUGCUGGAGUUGUGUGCAGGCAGCUGGACUGUGGGACGGCGUUAUCAGCCCCUGGGGGAGCUCGAUUUGGGCGAGGAUCAGACCCUAUCUGGCUGGAUGAUGUCAACUGUGCAGGGACAGAAGCUGUCCUCUCCCAAUGCAGGGCUCGGCCUUUGGGAGAGAAUAACUGUAACCACGGAGAAGAUGCCGGUGUUGUGUGCGCAGACGCUGGCAUCUCGGAAGUGGCUCAGCUCCGACUGGUGAAUGGUCCAAGUCGCUGCGCUGGGAGGGUCGAGGUGUUUCACAACCAGAAGUGGGGAACCGUGUGUGAUGACAGCUGGGACUUACAGGAUGCUGGAGUCGUGUGCAGGCACCUGGGCUGUGGGACGGCAUUAUCAGCCCCACAAAGGGCUCAUUUUGGGCAAGGAUCUGACCAUAUUUGGUUGAAUAAUGUCAACUGCACAGGGACAGAAGUUGCCCUCUCAGAUUGCAGGGCUCGGCCUUGGGGAGAAAAUAACUGUACCCACGGAGAAGAUGCUGGUGUCGAGUGCUCAGAUUCUGGCAUUUCAGAAGUGGCUCAGCUCCGACUGGUGUAUGGCCUAAGUCGCUGCGCUGGGACAGUCGAGGUGCUUCACAACCAGCAGUGGGGAACUGUGUGUGAUGACAUCUGGGACAUAACUAAUGCUGAAGUCGUGUGCAGGCAGCUGGGCUGUGGGCCAGCAUUAUCAGCCCCAAGAGGGGCUCGAUUUGGGCAAGGGUCAGAGCGUAUCUGGCUGGAUGACGUUAACUGCACAGGGACAGAAGCUACCCUCUCCGAUUGCAGGGCUCGGCCUUGGGGAGACAAUAACUGUGACCACGGAGAAGAUGCCGGUGUUGUGUGCUCAG